GAAGUUCAAUCCGAUUCCUUGAACCCUAUAAGAAAACCCCUAAAACACCCUUUUGUCUGUUCUCUUUUCUUGACUAGGGGUUUAGUUCCAACUCCAAUUUGGGUGGUUUGUUGCUUCAGCCUUCGAUUUCAGGGUUGGUGGUUAUAGUUUUAAAGUGAUUGAGGGAAAACAAUGCCUUUGUAUGAUUGUAUGCUUCUGUUGAAGCCCCAUGUGAGGAAGGAGGGGCUGAUGGACUUAGUAGCCCGAGUAGGAAGACAUGUCUAUAGCAGAAAUGGGGUUCUCACUGAGAUCAAAUCAUUUGGGACCAUUCAAUUGGGGUAUGGCAUCAAGAAGCUCUCUGGAAGAUACUAUCAGGGUCAACUCAUGCAGAUGACAAUGAUGGCCACACCCAAUAUCAACAAGGAGCUGCAGUACCUGAACAAGGAAGACAGACUGUUGCGUUGGCUUUUAGUUAAGCAUAGGGACACAAAAUAUGGGCUGGAGUUCCUUAAUGAAGAUGAUGGGGAAUUGGAGCUCGGGAAACUUGCUCGAGGCAAUAUAUAUGAUGAUGAGGACAUUGAUGAGGAUGAAGAUGAUAAUGAUGAUGAAUAUGAUGAGAACCCAGAGAAUGGCGGAGAACACUGAUGGGUAAAAGAUUUUGAUAAUCUGAGGAUAGGGCAUGAUAGAUGAUUGAAGAACAUAUUCUAUGUUGGUUGUCAUUGUAGUUUGCUGUUUUUUGUUUGAAUUAUCUGACUUAUGUUCUGCCUGGGUCUUAAGCGGCCAGAAGAGAUACAGGGCAUUGAGACGAUAGUUAGCCUUUCCAAUCUAUGUAUUUUCUGCCUUUUCCCAAUAUCCUUCGAGAAUUUUGUAUUCGAUCAGCAGACUCAUUUCUUGAAAUUAAAAAAUUCAGCCUGUUAAAUCCUUGGGGCCCAACAGGAAAUUUACAUGUUAAGAAAUAUUUGUGACAAAAAAAAAUUGUAAAUUUAGGAGCAAGAGGCAUUAGGCUUAAGGAAAAGUCUAACUCUGGGCCUGUUCAGUUGUAACAUUUAGCUUAGGAUUCAUGUUUCCAGCUUUGACCACCUCUCCGUUAUUAGCCUCCACUCCCAUCCAAAACUCCCUCAAGAAGCCCUCCCUCUCUGCACUGCUUGUUGAGAGUAGAGGAUUUUCUCCAGGGUGGGAAUGGGAGCUAGGCACGUCUAUGGGGCUGCAUUUUUUUGUUGGCAUACAUAUAACCUGCUUGGUGUCUGUCCAGAGUGUAAAGAAAUGAGAC